CCACGAGCGAAACGACAACCAUGAUGAAAGAUAAAUACAAAAACAGACACAGAACACAGAACUAGUUCCUUAUGUCAAUAUCGGCUGAUCAACCGACCAGACAAUAACCAACAUCCCCUUCCAUGCCAGCCAGCAACCGGCAUGGCCGGCUAGGUACUGACCUCAUUCAUUAUGCCCCUAUCUAUCUAUCUAAGCUCGCGGGCCUGUAUCAUUUUCUCCUUGUACUUUCUACCUCUAUUCUUCCUCGCUUUCUUUCUUCUUUCCUUCCAUCUUUACUCGGUUUACCUUUAGUUACUUACUUGACUGUACUUGAUUUUACUUACUUUACUUUACCUCCUUCUGUCUUUCUACCUUUCCUUGUCAGUGUUGAUGUUAUUAUUCUUAUCUACAACUGUGAUUUCCCAACUGCGCGUUCUGUUUUGAUCCACUUGUUUACUUACCAACAACUAAAUAUCUAUCCAAUACAAUCCCUGGUUGUUAUUCGUGGUGUGGUCUUUGUAUGAUUGAUUACUGUUUAUUUACUUUUUAUUAUUAUUGAUUAUUGAUUAUUAUUGUUGAUUGAUAGUUGAUUUAGUAAAGAUA